GGGUAGCAGAAACGUCACAUCAAAACGAAAGAAAAACAGCAUCAGCACCAUCAACCAGACGUCGUCGUUAGCAAAAAAAUAAAAGGGAAAAGUAGGCAGUCGCGAUCCAAUUUACUAUCGUUCUAGCAAGUAAAGCUUGUCGCCAGAAUAAUGGGUACAUGAGCUGUAUUAUGUGGUUAUUGUGCUGGAUCGAGAAAUAUUGUUUUCAAGUGGAACUGAUUGGAAAACAAUCGGAAGGACGGAAAAUGAUUCGCAGUGAGAGAUCUGUUCGCUGAGCUGAACUUUUUUUUUCCUUGUGGAGCAGGGAAGUGAGAAGCUGCGCUGUUGUCUGGAGGAUAUUUCUUUUAUUUUUGUUUUUCGUGGCGACCGUGGGGCGGUGGUGGUGGGGGGAAUACAGUGAAGGCAGCUGUUUUUUUUUGUCUUACUCGCGAUCGAAAGUGGGAUGCCCCUGCUGCCGGAAUUCUUACAGAAAAUGUUAGGGGCUGUUUUCAUGGGCGAGACGAAGUGCCGUAGCAAAUGCUCGCGGCUGCUGGGCAGUGUUGUGGUGCGACUCUCACUUGUACUAGUGCUGGUCCAAUUUUGUGUGCAGGCCGCUGCAGGCGGAAGCAGUCCAGGUACCAUCAACGGAGGUACGUCCAGCGGGGGAAAAUGUUCCGAAAUCAGAUGCAUGAACGGAGGCAGCUGCAAGAACGGCACCUGCAUCUGUCUCGAUGGCUGGCAGGGCUCCGAAUGUCAGUUCUGUGGGGGAAAAGUUAGGUUGACGGACCCACGGGGAAAUAUCCACGACGGUCACGGCAACUACUCGAUCGGCGUCAAGUGCAGCUGGUUGAUCGAUGCCCGGGACCACAACAGUAUAGCCGACAAACUGUCACCGGCGGGCAGUGGAAAGCCCUCGGCCAUCCGGUUGCACCUGGAGGAAUUUGCGACCGAGUGCGGUUGGGACCAUCUGUAUGUGUACGAUGGGGAUAGUGUCGAGUCGCCAUUGCUGGCGGUGUUCAGUGGACUCAUGUACCGGCAAAACUUCAGCAUCCGACGUAUCCCGGAAGUGUUUGCCCACAGCGGCUCGGCGUUGUUGCAUUUCUUCAGCGACGACGCGUACAAUAUGUCAGGAUUCAAUAUAAGCUACGAGGUGAAUGCAUGUCCCACAAGGGAUACGAGGAUGAACUGCUCCGGUCAUGGGGAGUGUGUUUACGGGGAGUGCAGCUGUGACGUGGGUUGGAGCGGACCGGCGUGCAAUGUGGAACGCUGUCCGAACAACUGCUCGUCGCAUCUGGGUAGGGGGGCGUGUAACGUGAUCCAGCAGCGAUGCAUCUGCGCCAAGGGCUUCGAUGGAAACGAUUGCUCGCAGGUGCGAUCGCACGGUGUUUGGAAGACGAUCAAUUCAGAGGAUACGAUCGGAUUUGCGCCGCCAGGCAGCGCUUCCCACGGGGCGGCGGUGUUCAGGGAUACGUUCUAUAUAAUCGCGGGCGAGAGCUAUAGCAAGGCGAAAGCUCUGAUGUACAUGUAUGACUUCAAUGGAAAGGUUUGGGAGACGGCUCAUACGGACUCGAAGGCCACACCGGACAUACGGUAUGGUGCAUCGACAGUGAUGUACGGUGAUAAGAUUUUCAUGUACGGUGGAGUGGUAGAGGGAAAGGGUGUGUGUGGGGAGCUUUGGGCGUUCGACGUGAGCGCCAAAAAUUGGGAAAACAUUACGGUCAAAGCAGAGCAGUGUAAUGAAAUAUACGCGAUGUGUGGUCCGCUGAAAUCCGCUGGACAUACCGCGACGUUGAUCUCCAAUUUUGAGGGUGGAAAAAAGGGACAUUCCCAGAGGAUGGUUGUGAUAUUCGGCCAUUCGCCACAGUUUGGUUAUUUGAACACGGUGCAGGAGUACAACUUCGGAACGCGUGAGUGGAAAAUAGUGAAAACCAAAGGCUAUCCGGUGAACGGUGGCUAUGGCCAUUCGGCGGCGUACGAUCCGCUUAAGGAGAAGAUCUAUGUUUAUGGUGGAAUAGUGUCCGAAAGCGACAGCACACAGCUGUUGAGCAACAAAUUGUACAGCUACGAGCCACACAGUCGGGUAUGGACGUUGGAAGCUGCAGCCCCAACGGCCAGAUUUCUACACACGGCAAACUUCAUAAGCCCAGGGUUGAUGAUUGUGUUUGGCGGGAAUACACAUAACGAUACGUCCCACAGUUUCGGAGCCAAAUGUUACAGCAGAGACCUCAUGGUUUACGACAUUAUUUGCGACUCGUGGCAUAUUCAGCAUAUGCCCCAGGAUCUCCGAGCUGAUUUGGCCCGCUUCGGACACUCUGCAAUUGUGUUCGAGGAAUCUCUGUAUAUAUACGGUGGCUUCGAUGGCCAGAUGGUAAACGAUAUGCUGAAAUUCUCACCCGGCAAUUGUAGGGCUUUCAAUCGCUCCGAACAGUGUUUGAACACUCGGCCGGGUUACAAGUGCGUAUGGGACAUUCAGAAAAGUAAAUGCGUGCCCAUUCUGGAUGUGGACAAAGGGGCACUGUUCAGCAGAGAUCAAAUCAAUUACGAAGUUUGUCCUCAGGAAAGCAGAUUGGUUAUGACCCGACAGGCCCUGCAGGACUAUGAGCUGUGUAGUCAGCUAAGCAGCUGUCAGAGCUGUGUGUCCACAUCGUACGGGUGUAUGUUCUGUGGUAUCGGUAAUGGGAAAGGCUACUGUGCGAAGGAGAAAUGCCCGGAUGUGUCGUACACAUAUCGGGCUGAUUUCUACCCGACCAGGAAGUUGAAGGAUUGUCCGGAGAACGAUGAACAAACUUGCGUCCAGCUACACGGAUGUCACGCUUGCUCUUCGUACAAAUUCUGUCACUGGGAUUACGAGCACAGCAAGUGCUACUACGUGGGCAAUAAGACGGGUGAGAUUCUGAACGAUGCACUUCCAUGCCCGCCGGCCUGUUCGGUGUUGACAACUUGUGGUAACUGUACACAGGAGGAGUGUAUCUGGUGCCAGAAUGAACAGCGUUGCGUAGAUAAGAAUGCUUACACUGCGAGUUUCCCUUACGGCCAGUGCCGCGAGUGGACGACGGGAUCAAAUAAAUGUCGUGCCGCUAGCACAGGGAAGAGUCAGUGUGGUUUCUAUAAAACGUGUGCCCAAUGCAGAGAUGAUCCAGCGUGCGGUUGGUGCGAUGAUGGCUCGUUAACUGGCCUCGGCAGAUGCCUGCCAGGGGGUGACAGUGGUGCCCACGAAGAAAUGGAAUGCCCCGCCGUUCGAUGGCACUUUACGCAUUGUCCCAGCUGCCAGUGCAAUGGUCAUAGCACAUGUCCGGAUGCCAAAACCUGCAAACAGCCCUGCAAGGAUCCAAUGGUUGGACAAAAUUGCGAGAAGUGUAAGCCAGGCUAUUGGGGUAAUCCAGUCAACGGUGGCAGCUGUCAAAAAUGCGAUUGCAAUGGACAGGCACAGUACUGUCACAGCGAAACGGGCAAAUGCUUCUGCAGCACUAAGGGUCUGGCCGGAGAUCAUUGCGAGAAGUGUGACGCCACUAACCACUACCACGGUGACCCUAGCCGUGGGUCAUGCUAUUACGAUCUCACCAUAGACUAUCAGUUCACUUUCAACCUGUCGAAGAAAGAGGAUCGUCACUUCACUCAGAUCAACUUCCGCAACUCGCCGGUCAAAUCGGACAUCGAUGCGGACUUCAGCAUCACUUGCUCGGUUGCGGCCAAAAUGAAUAUCACUAUCCGGACAGCGGGCGGCCCUGAGAAGCCCCUAUUCUCCGCCGUCAAUUGCUCCACCUUCCGGUACCGGUUCUCGAAGGCCGAACAUCACUUUGGCAUCGAGGACAACGUGACGCUGACGACGUUUUUCGUGUACGUGUACGACUUCCAACCACCGCUGUGGAUACAGAUUGCUUUCUCGCAGUACCCGAAGUUGAAUCUGCAGCAAUUUUUCAUUACGUUUUCCACAUGCUUCUUACUCCUCCUGCUAAUGGCUGCUAUUUUGUGGAAGAUCAAGCAACGCUAUGACAUGUUCCGCCGACGGCAACGGCUGUUCGUCGAAAUGGAACAGAUGGCCUCUCGGCCGUUUUCUCAGGUUCUGGUUGAGAUUGAAAGCAAAGAGUACAAUGAGCUGUCACCAGCAGUGGAGAACAUUACCAGUGCACCGAGGAAGCGGAAAAAGGAUUCGCCAAGUCCCAUCGCACUGGAGCCAUGUGAGGGUAACAGGGCGGCAGUGUUAUCACUUCUAGUCCGGCUGCCAACAGGUGGCCACCUGCACUCUCCUCCUGGUCAAUCGGCAGGUCUAGCCGUAGCAAGUGCAUUAGUAACGUUAGGUAACCCGCGACGGCCGUCGAUAGAGCAUCCGAAGGAACCUAAGUCUAAGCGUAAGCAGAGCCAACAUCCCGAUAGUUGUAUAUAAGAGAAAAAAAAGCAGCGCGUAAAGCAGCAGAGUGCAAACAAAGCAAGCAAAAAAAUGAGAAACAACAAGCAAGUAACUAUUAACUAAUUAUAAAAAAAAAACACCUAAAAACCAACCAACAUUGUAAAUGGUAACGAAUUAUAAAACUAUAUAAUAAUACGGUAGGCAGACAAACAAAAACAGAAACAGAUCAAGUGAAGUAGAGUAUAUUGGGUUUGAAAAGCAGAAGAAUAGGGAAGUUUUAUUUGUUUUGUUUUUUUACUGAAUGAAUAUAGUGACUACAUUUUAUAUACUAAUCCUAACCAGCAGGAGUUUGAAGUACAAUUUCUAUAUUUUGCUGUUCCUUAUGUCGUCGGAACUCGUUGGGGAGAGCACGGAAGAAAAUUCCGGUGCGUGUGCUUUGAGAGCAAUUCGAAUAACGAAAGGAGAACCUGUUUCUACUAUUCUUCCUCUAAUCCCAAACAGGGCUAAGACUUAUGGCGCAUUUUGUGUUUUUGGUGAGAACUUAGUUUUAAAUUUGUUGAGUGUUCAAGCUAUCAAAACUGCAUAGAACUGAUCGUAAGACUUUCGUUUCCGCGUUCACACCAGUGGAUCCUUAUUUUGCUUUUAAGUUUCCAGCCGUAGGCUUUAGUAUACAUUAUAAUAUCUACACAAUUCACCAAUAAGAUCGACGAUUUGUCGUUUUUUGUAAGCGCAACCAAACAAUACUCAAAAAUGAAAGUCUAUUGAAAACCAUCACACGAAAGUUACUGAAGUCUUCAUGUUACUAACAGAAAAAAGAGAAAGUUGAUGUACUUCAAUAAUUGUUCUUUUAAUUUAUUUUUGGGGGUAUUUCUGCUGUGUUCGACGUCCAUAAUAUCUAUGGAUUUGAGCCUAUAUUAUUGACCUGGUUGAUGUUUUUUCUUUUCUUUGAUCGGGAUUUUUUAGAUGUAUUAUUAGCCAGGGUAUACAAAUCCAAAAUGGACAAGCCCGAAGCAAAAGAGAACACAGUUUUAAAAUUACAUGUGAUGAUUAGCUAUUAGUGCUCUAGACGGCGGACUGAGUCAGGUAAACUGUGGGCAGGUUUCACCCGAACAAACGGAAAUCCGGUAUAGUUUUCUCAAUAAAUGGCCUCUGGACCUCGAGCAAGGUGCGAUACAUUAGAUGAUGGAUGAUUUUCAAACAACGUGAACCGAAAUGGGGGAGUGUUUGCCGCCCAGCGAACGAAAUACUUGGUUUGAGUGGGGAUUAUAUAGAACCACAUUGUAAUAUGAAACUAAGCAUUGCUAUUACCAUUAUGAUACAAAACCUAAAUGGGAAAAAAAAACAACGGCAAUGUAUCAAAGAAAGUAAAAUCGAAUACAGAAGAAAAAAAACAGCAAAUUAGUCUUUAUAGGUAGUACGAGAAGCGAUGCGUCUGAUGGUAGGAUUUAGAAGUAUUCACUCUUUAAAGGUUUUGAGUAAUAGGCGAUCAUCGUGAGUGAACGGACAUCACAAGUAGAAAUUGUGAAAUAUAAAUAAAUAAAAACAAGGAAAGUAAUCUAAUGAGAAACAGGAAAUACACACACAGUGAGGAAAAAAGUAUUUUAUGGCAUUUGUUAUGAUAAUAAACUGAAGGA